AUGCAUCUCUACUGCAAUAUCAACUGCUGCCCGUACGGGGGGGGGCUCUGUGGCAACGCGCUGGCCGAGUCGAGCAAGGUGUAUCUAGGGAGGAACGUGCGCACGAGGUCGUUGGGCGUGGUCGCUGACGAGGAUAUCGAAGCGGGCGAUGUGCUGGGCCAAUACCUCGGCGAGAUGGAGCACUUGAGUGUUUCGCGCACGACCCGACCGCGCAAUAGCCGCUACCGCUUGGUGAUGAGGCAGCGGCCAAAGCGACCGACGUUCCCAGUCUGCGUGGCGAUCAACGCCAAGAACAUGGGAGGGCUGAUGCGCUUCGUAAACCACUCGUGCCAACCGGUGGCGAAGUUCGUGGAAGUGGCCAACGGCCGCCGUACCACCGUGGUCGUGACGUCGACGCAAGACAUCCACCGCGGCGAGGAGGUGACAGUCGACUAUGGCGACGACUUGUGGUUUGUUUGCCGCUGUGAGCUGGAUGGGUGUCGCCACCGCAACAUUCAAGACGCCCAAGACCCGUGA